CCGGGCCGGUAGGCGGCGGCACCUGGACGCGGCAGCGGCAGCACCGCCCGCCCGGCUGGGAGGAGGAGGAGGCGGGAGGAAGCGGGGCCGCCGCGCGCUGCCGCAUGUGCCUGGAGCGGAGCCGGAGCGGGCAGCGCGAGCUAUGGCGGAGCAUGGCGCCCCGGCGCCCGCCAUCCCCAACGGCGAGUGCGCCGCCCGCCUCCCCGGCAACAAGGUGACCGUCGUGCUGGGGGCCCAGUGGGGCGACGAGGGCAAGGGCAAGGUGGUGGACCUGCUGGCACAGGACGCCGACAUCGUCUGCAGGUGCCAGGGAGGCAAUAAUGCAGGGCAUACAGUUGUUGUGGAUUCUGUGGAGUACGACUUUCAUCUUCUGCCAAGUGGGAUUAUCAAUCCAAAAGUCAUUGCAUUCAUUGGAAAUGGUGUUGUGAUUCAUUUGCCAGGACUCUUUGAAGAAGCUGAAAAAAACCUAAAGAAAGGAAAAGGGCUGGAAGGCUGGGAAAAAAGACUAAUAAUUUCUGACAGGGCUCAUAUUGUAUUUGAUUUCCACCAAGCUGCUGAUGGCAUCCAAGAACAACAGAGGCAAGAACAAGCGGGAAAGAAUUUGGGAACUACCAAAAAAGGAAUUGGUCCAGUAUAUUCUUCAAAAGCAGCUCGAAGUGGACUCAGAAUGUGUGAUCUUGUUUCUGAUUUUGAUGAAUUUUCUGAGAGGUUCAAAGUGUUAGCCAAUCAGUACAAAGCGAUAUAUCCUACCUUGGAGAUAGAUAUUGAAGGGGAAUUGAAAAAGCUCAAGGGCUGCAUGGAAAAAAUAAAACCAAUGGUAAGGGAUGGUGUUUAUUUCAUGUAUGAGGCUUUACAUGGACCACCAAAGAAGAUCUUAGUAGAAGGUGCAAAUGCAGCACUGCUGGACAUAGAUUUUGGCACAUAUCCUUUUGUGACUUCAUCAAACUGCACUGUUGGAGGUGUGUGUACAGGUCUGGGCAUGCCACCGCAGAAUGUCGGGGAAGUGUAUGGAGUUGUGAAAGCGUAUACAACGAGAGUUGGUAUCGGUGCCUUUCCUACAGAGCAAAAUAAUGAAACUGGAGAAUUGCUGCAAAUAAGAGGUAAAGAGUUUGGUGUUACCACUGGUAGAAAGAGAAGAUGUGGCUGGCUGGACCUUGUGUUACUCCGAUAUGCCUACAUGAUUAAUGGAUUUACUGCAUUGGCGCUUACCAAAUUGGAUAUCUUGGAUGUAUUUCCAGAAAUCAAAGUUGGUGUUGCGUACAAACUAGAUGGUGAAAUCAUACCUCAUUUUCCUGCCAACCAGGAAGUCUUAAAUAAAGUAGAGGUUCAGUAUGAGACACUCCCAGGAUGGGAUACGGACAUAUCAAAUGCAAGGACGUUUGACGAACUGCCUGUAAAUGCACAAAAUUAUGUUCGCUUUAUAGAAAUGGAGUUGGGUGUUCCUGUUAAAUGGAUUGGAGUAGGGAAAUCCAGAGAAUCAAUGAUCCAGCUGUUUUAAAGAUUUCAGAUGCAUGGAAGAAAGCACACUCCUCAAAAAGACUGCUCAUUCUUAAAUGCAUUAGUAGCCCGCAAAGCAAAGAUGUUGGAAAGAUAGAUUUUUGCAUGGAAAGAAAUGCUAGAGUUGAUACCCCCAAAGCAAUUGCUACUCCUGAAAGAGACUUUAACGUGAACCUGUAUCAGUUCUUGUUCAACUGCGAUUUCCAGGACACUUGUCAUUGUUGUUCAAGGUGCCAUCAUAUUUUUUUUCUUUACUUAAUAUUUACUUCAUAAUGUAAUUCCUGUUUGAAAAUCUAAGGUAGCAUUACUUUCAUGACUGUCUUUGUUAUCCGCUCUCUGCUUUUGGCGGUGUUACUUCCCUGAAAUUUUAGACAGUAAAAAUAAUGCAGUUUUGCACAGAUAGUUUUACAUCCUCAUUAUUUGUAUUCCUAAAGCUGUUGUAUUCUUAAUGGCUGCUCUUGUGAGUGAUUAAAGAGGGGGAUUCUGAUUUUAUAAUGCUAUAAAUGCUGUCUAAAUUAUUGUGUGAUCUGUUUUCUAAAACAAAAAAAGAUGUGAUGCCAAGCUGUUAGGAAUGUCCAGGUUUUUUAGCUCUGUAACAUGGAAAACUUACUCUUUGUAACUCACAAAGGACACUCAAGUGUUUACCAGGAUGUGUGCCCAGAAAGUUAGAAAAUUGAUAUUGUAAAAAGUUCAUUUGCGAUUAUUAAAGAACCGUUCUGAUUUUGAGUUAAA